AUGGGAGUCCACGAUAAAACACACGAGGGAACAGGAUCCUGUGGAUACGGCGACUUCUACAAGAAUCUCCACGACCGCGGCGAUUACAAGAGUGGGUGGCAGAUUGAGAAGGAAUACGCGGAGAAGGAGAAGAAGCGGCAGAAGCGCCUUCUAGAGGGCCGUGACCCCGACGAGGAGAGCGACGACGAAGACAAGAAGGCCGCUAAGAGCGACAAGGAAGAGCAGUUUGCGUGCACAAUCUGCCGUUCUCCCUUCCACAACGCAGUGGAGACGAUCUGCGGCCACUUCUUCUGUGAAGCGUGCGCGCUAAAGCACUUCAAGAAAACGUCGCGGUGCUUUAACUGCAAGAAGCAGACCAACGGCGUUUUCAAUGCGGCGGAGAAGUUGCGAGCGAAGGAGCAAGCGGAGAAACAGCAGGCGAGCAGCAGCGGCGAUAAGUCUGCUGAGCCCAAGAACAACGCAGAUUCACCAGUAGAGACACAGGACAACAACAGCAGCGCAGGAGGCUGGACCACCGUGGCGGAGUCGAUGAAGUGAUGAUCUUGCCUUAAAUGCCAACAAGCAAUAGCACAGUCAAACCUGUUG